GAUUUGACAGAGCUGGCAACCCCGGUGACGUCACGUUGACGUAGACACGACUCAAAUAAUGGCGGACGAAGUGGAACAGCAACCGAGCACCAACACCGUAGAAGAACCGCUGGACCUGAUCCGACUCAGUCUGGACGAGAGGAUCUACGUCAAGAUGAGGAACGACCGAGAGCUGAGAGGGCGACUGCAUGCGUACGAUCAGCACCUGAACAUGAUCCUGGGAGACGUGGAGGAGACGGUGACCACGGUGGAGAUUGACGAGGAGACGUAUGAAGAACUCUACAAGUCGACCAAGAGGAACAUUCCCAUGCUGUUUGUCAGAGGUGAUGGCGUCGUUCUCGUAGCUCCGCCCCUACGGGUGGGUUGAGCGCAGGUGGACUUAAAAAAAAAAAAAAAAAAAAAAAAAGUUUGAAAAAAAAAAUCUGAAUUCUUUUGCAGUUUCUUUUUCUUGUUUUGGAGGGGGGACUGCGAUUUGAAAUGUUUGUGUUAUGUAUAAAAUUUUUGUUGUCGUAAUAUCACCCCUCCUCCCAAAAAAAAACAACAAAAUAAUAAUCGCCACCGAGUUGUACCCAAGCUGUUUUCAAAUAAACGUAUUUCUUGGUGACAUAAAUGCCUCAUGUUCACAUGAU